AUGCACGCGCUCACGCAUACGGGAGAGAAGCCGUACCAGUGCGCUGAGUGCGGCAAAGCGUUCACCCAGCAGCGCAACUACAAGUACCACAUGUCGGUGCACGCGGGAACGCACGAGUUCGCGGCGGCGUGUCCCGAGUGCGGCAAGGUGUUCAACAACCGCGGCUACCUCAGCUCGCACAUGAAGAUCCACCGCAACCGCAGGGAGUACGCGUGCGCCGAGUGCGGGCGGCGCUUCAACCAACGUGUCGCCUACACCACGCACAAACGCAUACACACGGGAGAGCGGCCACAUGCCUGCUCCCUCUGCGACAAAGCCUUCACGCGCAAGAUGCUGCUUAAUCAGCACAUGCGCACGCACACCGGUGAGAAGCCCUUCAACUGUGAGGUGUGCGGGAAGCGGUUCGCGGACCGCAGCAACAUGAUGCUCCAUCAGCGCCUGCACUCCGGCAUCAGGCCGUACAGCUGCGGCGAGUGCGCCAAGGCGUUCACCAAGAAGCACCACCUCAAGGCGCACAUGUCCUGCCACACGGGGCUGCGGCCGCACGCCUGCGACCGCUGCGGCGCGCGCUUCAGCCAGUCCAGCAACAUGCGCACGCACCGCAAGAAGUGCACAGCGCCGGGUCCGCCGCGCGGGGCGUACCUGCUCUAG